GUGGUUUAUCCCGCAGCUAGUAAUUCACUCUUCAAUUUCUUUCAAGGCGUAGCAAAUCAUCCUUAUCCCAAGAUACCACCUAGAAUCCCAAUAAGUCAAAGUCUAUAUGAGUUCACCCUCCAACCUAUGUUCCCCGUUACAGCUGUGAUAGCAUAUGUAGCUAUGAUUGGAUGGUUAAAUCGUCAACAAGAUGGAAAGAAUAGGAUGAAAGGAGAAUGGUGGAAGGCUGCUGUGGUGGUCCAUAAUCUACUAUUGGCGGCUUACAGUUUUUGGACGUUCAAAGGAACUGCCGCCGGAACAUUCCAAUACUUCUUACGGGGAUAUCGCAGCGCAGGUCUCGAUGGAAUCUUACACACCUUUUGUGAUACCUCAAUGCAUUUAUGGGAUAAUACUAUGUCAACUUACAGUUAUUGGUUCUAUCUCAGCAAGUACUGGGAGAUUAUUGAUAGUUUAAUUUUGAUUGGUAAAGGAAGAAAAGCAAGCCUUUUACAAGAAUAUCAUCAUGCUGGCGCUAUCAUGACGGUUUGGAGUGGUACACGCUACGAAUCCCCAGCUUCGUGGCUCUUCGUAGUCUUC